UGGCCGUCACGUGACUUGGGCAAGAUGGCGGCUCCCACGGAAGGGACCGACCUGGAAGCCUCCCUGUUGAGCUUUGAGAAGCUGGACCGAGCAUCCCCAGACUUGUGGCCGGAGCAGCUACCAGGUGUUGCUGAAUUUGCUGCUUCCUUCAAAAGUCCUAUCACCAAUUCUCCUCCCAAAUGGAUGGCUGAACUAGAAAAUGAUGAUAUUGAUAUGUUAAAGGAGCUGGGGAGCCUUACCACAGCAAACCUAAUGGAAAAGGUUCGAGGCCUGCAGAACCUGGCUUAUCAGCUAGGGCUGGAUGAAUCUCCUGUUUUCUGCCUCCCUACAUCUGUCUGCCUCGCGGAGAAGUCACUCUUCAUCUCAUUUCAGCCUUGCCUGAAACCUCUUUCUCCCUUACUCUGUUUAUUAUUUAACACUGAGUUUACAGUACUUUUUGUGCAGAAAAGAUUGUAUUGUAUAUUAUAAUGAUUGAAGCUGGUGUGGUAUUUUUAGACAACAGAAUGACCCUCUUUGUACAUUUGAUUUCUGUAAUAUGCAAUUAGUUUGACAGGGAUUUAAUUAGCAAAGAUAAGAGGAUAAACUCUUUCUGCCCAAAAUGUGGAUCUGAUCUUGGAUGGCUCACCUAUGGCUUAAAAAAUGGCUGAUCUGAAACCACAUGCAGCAAUCCAGGAAUUAUUAUCCUGUCAAUUAAAGUGAUUCUGCUGUUGUCACAUUUUCUCUUACAGAUAUGAACUUUAAUGUGUUCAGUCGGUCGCCUGGGGAGAGUGUUGGGUUAAUAAAGC